AUGGCGCCACCGUCAGCGCCCUUCGGGGACACGGUGGUGCGCGAGGACUUCUCUCUCGCCGCCACCGUGUUCCUGUUGCUGGAGGACCUGCACAUCGGCGAGUGCACGCUCACUGCAAGUAUGAGCAUCACGUCGGACACCAGGGCUCGCCUCAAACACCUCCGCUUCACCGACGUCAGCUUGUUCCGCUUACGCGCACCCAAGCUGGCGGUGUUCGAGUGGCGAUGCUGCUAUGCUGACGAGGUGCGCAUUGAGGCCGUGGGCCGCCUCUCCGAUGUCACCAUCGAGGUUGACGCUGGUAGGACGCGCACGCCGACUCCGAUUGGCACGGAACCCAAGUACGUGACAAUACAACAACGUGACAAACUUGUGACCGACAUCCUUCAAGGGCUUAUGCCUAGGCUGUAG